CACACACAUAUACACAACCCCUUCUCCACUUGGCGAACAACACAACGAGCACUUUGCCAGUCUGUCCUCAGAUCGACCACCCAGUCGGACACUGAAGCUGACUGGACUGUAUCUGGAGCUUUCACAUAAUCUGGAUGGGACCUUGAACUUCAGCAAAGGACGUCCUUCCCGUUGGUUUGGUUUGAUUUAGUUUGAUUUGUUUAGUUUUUUUUUCCGGAGACGGGACCUUCUGUUUUCUGGCUCUUGGCCCUUUACAUUCACUGCACUGGGAUUUCCGGGCCCGCUGUGAAUGCCAAAGUCGACGCGCGAGCCUCAGACCAGAGGAGGCGAAGUGGUGACCAUGUGGAUCCCGACCCCCAGCAUGACCCUCCCGCAGCGCCUGGUGCUCUACGGGACGUGUGCCGUGGCGCUGUUGAACUCCGUGGGCCUUCUGGUGCUCUUGGUCCAGCAGAAUCAGCAGCGCGCCCUGCUGGAGCGGACGGAGACCAAGCUGACGGAGGUGGAGCAGAGCUCGGUGGUGGAGUUCCUCCAGGAGGUGCCCAGAGGAGCGGCGGGGCUGAGGGCCGGCGCCGGGGAACACCAGCAGAACCAGUAUCAAUACCAGUACUCCAGGAAUAAGAGAAGUGAGGCGCUGGAGAAGGAGGUGCAGCGGGAGGACGGACAGGAGGAGGCCGCUCAGCAGGAGGCCAGUCAGGAGGUGGGAGAGGAAGCAGAGAGGAAGACGAAGCACGAGAUGAAGCACAAGCACCAACACGGACAGAGCUACCACAAGGCACACGUGCAGGAUGACAUGAUGAUGAUGAUGACUUACUCCAUGGUCCCGAUCAAAUUGUUGAUUGACAUUUGCAACAGCACCAGGGGAGUCUGCAUCGCUGGACCACCGGGGCCGCCUGGAUUACCCGGUUUGGACGGCCUUCCCGGCCACAAUGGGACUGAUGGCGUUCCCGGGCUGAAUGGACUGCCGGGGGCUGAUGGGAAAAGAGGAAAGAAAGGGGAGAAAGGGGAGCCGGGGGAAAAAGGAGAGCGCGGAGAGGCCGGUCUGCAAGGAGAGAAGGGACAACCGUCCAAUGACGUCAUCAUUGAGGGUCCUCCUGGGCCGCCAGGUCCGCCCGGGCCCCCGGGACCCCCUGGCCCUCAGGGGCCUUCCAGAACAAGGCACCACAGAGCCAACCUUCAGGCUGCUCACACUCUGGGACUUUUGCAAGCGAAUCCAAACGACGAAACCUCCUCUGUGAAGGAGGCUGUGAAACUACACCAGCAGCCCGCUAAGAACAACGAGUGCCUGAUUAAGUCUCUGAUCAACCCCAGGAAUGUGACAAAGAUGGAGAACACGUUCGGCACGUGGAUGAAGGACACCGCCCGGCUGAACGACGAGAGGAUUUGGGUGGCGGAGCACUUUUCUGGUCGUGUGGUGAAGGAGUAUCAGAGCGCCGCCUCGCUGCAGAACAGCAGCAGCGCCGUGGACGUUAGAAAGUUCUACCAAGGCUGCGGCCACGCCGUCCACAACGGCUCCUUCUACUACCACAUCGCCGGCACCUCCAGCAUCGCCCGAUUCGACCUCCUCACCAAGAGGCUUCACACGCUCACCAUAGACAACGCGUUGCACCACAGCCUGGCCUACCUGCUGCACAACUCCAAGACCUACUUCAAGCUGGCGGCGGACGAGAACGGCCUGUGGCUGAUCUUCGCCUCCAGCGUGGACGAGGGCGUCACGGUGGCCCAGCUGGACCAGAAGACCUUCUCGGUCACGUCCUACAUCAACACCACCUACCCGCGCACCAAGGCCGGCAACGCCUUCAUCGCCUGCGGGGUCCUGUACGUCACCGACACCAAGGACACCAGGGUCACGUUCGCUUUCGACCUGCUGAAGGGGAAGCCGGUGAACGUGACCUUCGACCUGAGGCCCGCCGGCGGCGUCCUGGCGAUGCUGUCCUACAGCCCGGAGGACAGACACCUGUACGUGUGGGACAACGGCUACGUCAGGCUCCACGUGGUGCACUUCACCUCUGACGAGUGACGGAGGGGACGUGGGACUGUUGAGCAGCGAGAGCCGGCGCCGACUGAUCAAUCCGCCUCUGGGAACUCGUCAUAUUUACAUUUUUAAGAUUUUUUUAUCUUCCCGUAGAGCAUCCCGUCACAUCGGUUGUUAAAAAUCUUUUUUCCGGUUUCCUUGUCAAACUGUUAAAGAUAAAUAAUGCUGUAUUUAUAUUCUAUUGUACAUGUGAGAUUUGGGAUUUACUAACGGCGUGUAAACUUUUUUUUUUAAAAUUUUGUAUCAAACUAUUUAAUUUGUAUUGAACAUCUAACUGCACCUGUUUGACCGUCUGUGUUGUGAGCUUUUAGUCUUCUAUGUAUUUGCAUGAUGUAUUGUAUGUAUUUUCACAUUGAUGCACAUGUUAUCCUGUUAUAUUCCGUACAUAUUGACAAUCCACCGGACCUUCGCGAUGAAGCAGCAUGACAUCGGCUGGUCGCUCUUUCCUUCUCGACAGAAAAUCACAACAAAAACAAAAACAACAGUGCCAAAUCAGCCUGAUGAAAUAAAAAGAAUUUAUUCACUUUACAAAGGUAAAACUCUGACCAUGACCUGUUCUCUCACACACCUCCAGGCUCAAGUGCCCUAGUAAUGAUGCUAGCGUCUACCCAUUAUAUAGGCUUGUUUUGCAUUAUUUCAUGCACACACAUACACACCAGUAGGACCAUUUUAAAACACUUAAGCUACAUACAGUACACAUAGGGGGCCGAAAGAGGGAGAGAAACACAAAUCUCUUUAAUAAAUACCAUACACACACAUAACAAAAGUUACAACUAAUCCAGCUUGUAUGAUACAAACCAAAAAUAAAGAAAUGCUUUCAUGUUUGUA